AUGUCUCCAACACCUAAUGUUGAGAGUGAUCCUCCGAUGGCAGAGCGGUCAACUUCGAUUGGCCGGGCUUGUACGGUAGAGGAUGAAGAACCUCCGGAAACGCCAUCGCGCAGCUCGAUCGAUAGUCAGGUUGAAUAUGCCCCAUCGGAGCCGCGCUGGUCUCCGGCGCUUAGUCUACCUGUGCGUGACCUGAUUCAGCGAACGAUCAAUUUGACGAAACAAACUUGCCUAGUGCCUUACUUCUGCAAAGUUAUUCCCGUGGAGCAAUCUGUGCAAGAAAACAAGCAGAACGAACAAGCAUCAUGUGUUUCUACAGGUACACCGGAGUUAAUAUCAUCCCCCGUCGAAAUUGACGCUCGCUUGAAUCGACUCUCUCGACUGCAUCGACUUUGUGAACUUGUCCGCAAGACUAUUUGGUUAGACUCGAUGGCUGGUGUGUGCAAUGAACUCAGUUCAAGUUGGAUAAACUUAUCCAGACAAUCCGAUCGAAUCACGUCGAAGGAGUAUAGCAAUCUGGAUGCGUGCAAUUUGUCUUUCUUACACAUUCCCAAACCGGUUUGUCAGUCUUCGAUUAGAAAUGCUACUCAUUACAAUGCCACAAGGUCAACUUGUUCCGGUGAUUCUACUACACGCACUCAGGGUUUGCCUCAGUCGGAUCCAUAUUCGUUUAGAAGUUCCAUGUCGACGUACGCCAGUCAACUGGGUGAACUUCGUGUGCUUUGUGAAAGUUUACGUCAAUCGCUCACACAAACAAAACGUUUUGGCCACGAGCAGUACACAAUGCAUGAGCAGUGGAGAAAUUUGGCCGGUGGUCGGUUUAGGGAUGUUAACAACACAACCCUGUCCCCGUUGAGAUUACUUGGUUUUUGUACCAAUGAGCUGACCAGUCUGACAUUAUUGUCUGCUCAUCAUCUGGUUUUUAGCGGUCUGUCUCUGCUGGCUCAUUCUGAUCUGACUCGAUUCACUCACGGUGAUCUGUGGGAAAUGAUGCGUGGUAUGGAAGAGUUGGAUAUCCUCAGCAGACAUAUACAAACCAAUCGACGCCUAGCUCAUUCCAUCAGUUUGCGGCUGUUUCUAACCAGGAAUCGCCCUCAAGGGACUUGUAGCUGGAAUCAUUUACUGGAAACGGAAGUGUUCAGCCGUGCAAUCACCCCCUUUCCUUCUGUAUCCGUUGGAUAUUUGUUUGUGAUACUGGCUGAUCAACGUUCCAUCCGACUGUCCGAUACAGUUUUUCGUCAGUUGUGCAAUAUUUGUUCUCAUGGUCAGCGUACUCCCACUGCACUGGAAGCUGGUGACGGAAUACCGACACAACAUCGGCCACCAGCGGAGGAUGAGAAAUCCGGACGUUCACACCUUGUUGAAGCGUUUCGCAAAUACUUACAUGAAAAUUAUGGGCGUUCGGCAUCGGAAUAUUUACGAUCAGAGUAUGAAUUCAUUUCCGGGUUUUUGGAUGUGCUCUCGCAAUCGACCAAUCUGUUGUACCAUGUAGAAAAACUGAAGCUGGUAUGUAGUGCUGCGGCAGCAGCGCAGUCGAAAAAGGCGGAAUUGUCACGUGAUUUGCAGUCGAUGCGAGCUCCGUACUCUCCUUUCGGUAUUCCAACAUCCUCGCACGCCAUGAGCGUCGAAGGCAAACAUGGGAUACUGAUAAGGCGUGGAUCCGGAGAAAAGAUUUCAGCAAAACAACAGCAACAACAAGAACAAAAUUUUGGUUCUUCUUCCCGGGCAAAAGAGAGACACAAAGAUGUCAUUUCAUAUUAUCAAAACACAUUGCAUCGUGCCUGUACUCUGGACAGGUACGUGGCCACUGGUUCAACGGUAUGUCCCCUCAGCGAGGACACAGCAGAAAUAAAUGAAAAGACUUCACAUAGUAGACUGACCGAAGGUUCCUCCGACACCGAAGACGCUCAGAAAAAAGCAGAAGAGCAAAGUACAGAUUGUCAGCGGAACACCAAAAAGUCUGUUCAGUGGAGCGAUCAUCGGGAGAUCAGUACACGGCAUCAAGUAAUUGGAAGGUUUCUGGAGAUGAUGUGGCAGUAUAGUGAACAGCGGCUGAAUACCAUGUUUCUGAUCCCUCCGGAGUAUCAAAUUACAUCUAUCCAAUCUUGUGGCAUGUCCGAUGUUCCUGCUACACUUGAACCGCAAAGCAACUGGAAAUUAUCUUCCUGUCUGUGUCUACCAACAUCCAAGCUGCACAAUUUUGCUUCCAAAGUCCAAGAAGUAGCUAAAUCCGGGCGCGAAGUUACUGACCGGAAGGUCCGUGGUUCGAACCCCACUUCUGCCACUCGACUCCCCCUGUCUAGGCUUGGGCGACCUGGCAGUAUCCCAGCCCUCUUGCUUCCUCCGAGUUGCAUGGCAGCUAGGCACCGGAAGGGUGUUAUAGCUGAACGAAACAAUCGGGUUAAU